AUGAGCAUCGCCGCCGCCAGCACCGUGGUGUACACAUUCGACCCGACGACAUCGGGCGGCGUCGCCGGCACCAUCACGACCCUCGUCGGCGCUGCGUCCACGUCGAUCACGGCCGACCUGGACUUGACCAAAGCCAACUUUACCGCCCUGAACGCGUUCGAUGGCAACUGCACCAACGUGACCGAGUACACGUGGCACAUCCACACCAAGUGGGCCAAUGCUGGCAAGGCAUCCGAGUUCUUGACGGGGUGCUCGCUCGCCAAGACGGCCAACCACUACGACCCAGACUUCGCGUGUGGUCCCAACUCGGACUUCAACAACGACCCCAAGUGUGCCAACAAAACGUACGGCUGCAACGCGACGGCGUAUGCCGCCAACCCCGGCGUGUGCGAAAAGGGAGACUUGUCUGGAAAGCUCGGCAGAAUGAAGGCGACCAGCGGCAAGAUCUCGGCCACGUGGACGGACAAUGGCAACUACCCGACCAUCGCCGAGCACAUGGCGUCGUGGAAUAUCAUGCUGCAUGCCGUGUGCGGCGCCGCAACCCCUCGUUUCGUGUGCGCCAACGCCAGGGUGUACAAUAGCACAAACAAUACGUCGCCGAGCCCGACGAUUACCGCGCCAUCGACGACGAGUGCAUCCCCCACCACGUCCCAGGUCAAGCCGACUCCAUCGUCUGCCACGUCGGUCAAGGUGUCGGUCCUGGCCAUGGCGUCGGUCGCCCUGCUUGCUGCCUUGUUCUAAGUCUAGCAAACCCACUUCGUUACAUUCGUUCGUCCGUCUUCUUAAACGGACGUUUGUCGUGCUCAUGGG